GAACAUUUUAUUUUUUGAUAGGUAAUUCAAUACCCUUUUUGACAUGAAGUACACUUAAAUUUAAGUCAGUCAUCACUCGUUUUUAAACCGACAGAUUAGUGAACAAAGCGAAAAUUUAAAUAGAAAAAUGGAGAUACGAAAAACUUGUAUUCAGGUUUUUCUUGCCGAACUCGCAAUCACUCUUGUACUGGUGUUUAGUUACCUCUUUAUAUAUGAGGCUCGACCACCAUCAGCACUAACGCCAGAUAUACAGUCAGAAAUACAGUUUAAACAUCAAGAUGGUUUCUGGAACAAACGAAUUCUGACAAAUGUCAUCCAGUAUAAAAGUGGUCGCGUUAUAUCAGAUGAGAACCUGGAAAAUAUAAAAAUCAUUAGUGUAAACCAGUGCAAAAAUCGUAGAUUCCUUAUGUAUAAAUGCGACGGAGCCAGCCUGUGCGGGGGUAUGGGGGAUCGUCAAAAAGGUAUUAUAUCAACGUUCCUCCUCUCUUUACUAACGAACAGAACCUUCGUUCUUGACAUGACAAAACCGUGCAAAGUAGAAGCAGGUUUACUACCCGGUGUAUAUAAUUGGUCAUUAUGCAAAGAACAUAUUAAAUCUCUACCCAAAAAGGAAUACUUGAAACUGAACUUAAUGUUCGGCAACAGAUCGUACGCCAAAGAAAUUGAAAACUUUGAUUUUGAUAACCAAUGGACUGCAAAAGUUGUUCUUAUACGAUGCAAUACUAUGCUUAUAGAUAAAAUAAGCCGACAUAAUUAUACCAAAACCAGGAUCAGUUGGUUGUUAGAUACAACGAUAGAAGAAACUAUUCAUAAAGUAUUACACACGCUGUUCCAGCCCAAUCAGAGAAUACUGGAGGACUUUGUGAAGCUGUAUAACAACCAUGUUCAGGGAAAACAUUUAGUGUGUAGCCAUAUAAGAAUAGGAAAGAACCCUACACUUCCAAAGGAUAAUAGAUUAUUGCGAGGUGCACCAAAUAGUACAAAGAUACUUGAAUUCUUGAAAAGGUAUGACGACAGUGAAAAGUUUGCCAUAUAUAUUGCGACUGAUUCGGACGCUGUAAGAAAAGACGCUGAAUCAAAUUUGACAUCCUACGUAAAUAUCAAUAGACCAAUUGUACACGUUGAUAGACGUAUGAAUGAGUCAGUAGCUGAGGCUUGUGAAGGACUUUAUACAGGAAUUUUUGAGCAGUUUAUUCUAUCCGUUUGUGACACCAUUGUAUUAACCCGUAGCAAUUUUGGAUGUAUGGCUGCUUACAUGCGAGGCGUUUCCGACAAUAUUUUUAUGUAUAACCCAGCAAGUCGAGAAGUUGAACAAUAUAAUUUGACAGAUAUUCAGAGAGUAUUUAAAUUCUUUUAAAUGUUAAGAAAGUUAGGAGGAAUCAUCCGGAUGGUAUUUAAAUUAUGUUAAAUAAUGUUUAACCUUACUGAAGAGUUAGUUACAGCGAAAUAAUUGUUUCAAUAAAUAUAUUUUUGCUGGUUGAACCAGUGGCUAUCUAAAGAGAAAAGAGGACACUUAUUAUAAAGAUAGUAUGUGUACGUAAGAAAGCAAGAGCACAAGUCGAUAUGUUAUGUAUAGUUUAGUAUAUAUAUUGUAAAUUUUGUUACCAAUUUUAUAAAAUUUGUGAAAUACUGAUUACACAGAGAGUUUUUACAAAAGCCUUUUUAGGUUCCUACUCAAUCCGUAAAUUUUAUUUUAUGUAUCUAAAAUGUAAAUGUAAAGAUUACAAAUAAAUGUUGUUUAAACUAAAAGAGGACAUUGAUUAUACAUGAUCCUAUUUUAAUACUUGAUUUACAAAAAUACUCUAUAUUUGGUUCUAUAAGAUGUAUUAUCAGUUGGCCUGAUUUGUUUUACAGCUUGAAAAGAGCACAAUUUCCGAGCACUUUGUAUAACUCUGUAUGUUAUUUAUGGGCUGCAUUACAAUAAGUUGAAAUGCAAUUUGAAUUUUCCCUCUUAAUCACAUGCAUACCGAAAUUUAGUUAAAGUGAUUCCAGUGUUUAACAUUUUCGUCAGUAUGUUUUCCUUAUGCAGAUUCAAAUGUAUUUAUUUUCAGUGAAGGUAUACCGGAAACCAAUGUUUUUAUUUUUGUACUUUUUUAUUCUUU